ACGCUUCCUCAGAUGUUCCUCUCUGGGUCCUGCUGGAACUACCUAAUUGUGCCCCUAUUGCGACAUUGAUGCUUCUAUGGCUUCCCCCUACCCUGCGCCUUAGGGCACUGAGUCCGAUUUUGCUCCAUGGCUUGCAAGUGUGGGACUUGGUAUGUUACUCCAGUGGCCUGAUGUCACCUUUCUUGCCUUUGCUCCCAAUUACUAACAACCCUCUCUUCCCACCGGGUUUAGAUCAACCAAGGGCGUUUUCUUGGUGGGUGGCCAAUGGUUUUUCGCAGGUGCGACACUUUUUGACUUCUUGGUCCUUCCCUACCUGGAAUUCUCUUCGGGAGUCACGGGAUGUCCCUCCAGUGGAACUUUUUCGUUACCUUCAAUUG